AUGUCGACGAUACCAUACGUUGAAGAGCCUGUUGGCAAUAUCCACGAUAAGAAGCCACCCAGAGAGAUUGAAACGAUCAAAUCUACCUGGAAAGGUAGACUAUGGGAUACUUUCGACUUGCCAUCAGAUCAAAGAAAGUUACUCUUCAAAGUUGAUGCUGUCAUGCUGACUUUUGCAUCUCUCGGAUAUCUGAAAAAUUUGGAUCAGCAGAACAUCAACAAUGCCUUCCUGUCAGGCAUGAAAGAGGAUCUCGACAUGCACGGCAAUGAACUAGUCACUGCCGUCACGAUCUGGACGGUGGGUUAUGUCAUUGGGCAGAUCCCUUCCAAUCUACUUUUGACCCGUCUUGAACCCCGAUUUGUCAUUCCUUCUUUGGAGCUUUUAUGGGGUAUCGCCACACUCGCCUCAUACGCUGUCAAAUCUUACAAGUCCCUCUAUGCCCUCCGGUUCCUGGUCGGUCUGUUCGAAUCGGGAUUCUAUCCUGGUAUCCACUACAUUCUAGGAUGUUGGUAUUCACCCCGAGAGAUCGGUAAAAGAGCGAUGAUCUUUUGGCUGGCUGGAUCAAUCGGAUCAAUGUUCAGCGGGUUCCUACAAGCUGCCGCAUAUACGAACCUGAAUGGUGUUCACGGUCUAGCAGGCUGGAGAUGGCUCUUCAUUAUCGAUGCGAUUAUCACCCUUCCAAUCGCAUUGUUGGGAUAUGCCUUCUUUCCCUCUGCGCCAUUGCAGGACAAGAAAGCCUGGUGGUUAACCCAAGAGGAGCACGAACACGCCCAAUGGCGUUUGACCAGCAUUGGCAGAGCAGGAAGAUCUAAAUGGAACAAGGCCAAGUUCAAGAAGCUCUUCAAGAGCUGGCACACCUAUAUCCUUCCAUUCCUUUACGUUAUAUGGAACAACGGUGGUGGUCAGCAAGCUAUGGGAUACUGGCUCAAAUCAUUCAAUGCUACCCCGGCACCUGUACCCGGUGUACAUUUCUCGGUUCCCGAGAUCAAUCAACUUCCGUUGAUCACCAGAGGUGUUUUCAUCAUCAGUGCUAUAGCAUAUGCCUGGCUAUCUGACGGACCACUUAAAGGUCGUAGAUGGCCUUUCAUCUAUUUCAAUGCAGCCUGUUCGCUCAUAUUCGCGGCGACAUUGUUAAAAAUUGAUCUUUAUGCCAAUAUCACUGGGACCAAAGUCUUGUAUUGGUUGCAAGAUUUCGGAAGUGGUGCUGGUCCGCUGAUUUUGACUUGGAUCAAUGAAAUAUGCUCAGAUGAUACGGAAAAACGAGCGUUAUUAGUAGCUGCAGGAAACGAUCUCGCCUAUGUCUUCCAGAGUAUAAUGCCCAAUUUCGUAUGGAAGACUGUCGAUUUCCCAGAAGCAAGAAAAGGCUGGACUUAUUCGCUUUGUUGGCAGUGUUACUCAUUCUAUGGACUGCCUUGA